AUGGGAAGACUCCAAAAACUUAAUGUAAAGAAGACAAGGAAGAAAAAAAAUAUUAAUGUAACUACAAAUGAAGGUCAAGAACAAGAAGAAAUUCAAUUAACUCCAAUUGAGGUGGAAGUUACUCAAACACAGGUUCAAGAAGAUAUCCAAGUUAAUGUGCAGGUUGAAGAGGGAUUAGGUGGGGUGCAAGUUGAAGAGGGAUUAGAUGAUGUUUGUACUGACAUUGAAGAUUUAUUUAAUGAUAUGGAAGCUGAAGAGGAUAAUGUUGCUAAUGUUCAAGUUCAAGAGCUCAAUGUUGGUAAUAUCCACGUUGAAGAUGUCAAUGUUGCUAAUGUUCAAGUUCAAGAGGUCCCAUAA